CUCAAGCGCAACUCACCUGCUCUAGACUUUCCUCCUGCACAUCCUCAAGGAGUCUGGCGCCAUAUUGUCCAGCCGACAUGAUCGCGCCAUGACCGUGACAGAAGCCGACAACUCAAUCUUCCCUUGACCUUGGUGGUAGUGGAGGGAAAACAGAGAACGAAAAAGAGAAAACUUUAAGAUCAGCCAAUGGCUCCGCCUGAACACCCGUUCCCCGUCAGCGCCCUCGAACAGCGCGUGCAAUAUCACACCGUCGACUUCAAGGAGAAGAGCAGAAAACUAGGAGAUUUCGACCUCAAACGCGACUGUCAAUUGCUCGAGCUGGUCCAGUAUAGCUGCACCACACCCGAGGAGCAAGCCGAACGACUUCUAGCAAAUCCCGGUUCUGAGCCACGAAUGGAGUGCCAUCCGUUCGUGAGGCUGUUUAGAAGAUGUGAGAAGAAGGGCAAAGUAUUUCACGUCGAGACCACGGCAUGGGAGGGCGAGCAUGCUUGGAAACCACCGCCAGGCUCGCGGCCAACAGCGGGUAUGAAUAACAGAGCCGAUGAUUCAGCAACAACUUCGAUUGCCAAAUAUGGGAGCUAUUUCUGGUCCGGAAAAUGAAUCUCUUCCGCGGGUAUCAUAUGCAAUAUCUUCAACCUAUUCCUCACCGCCAACGCCGACGCUGUGGAAUCACAAUCUCCAAGAUUAAAAGAGCUCCAUUGUACGGUGCCGCGGCACAGAGGAGUCAGAUGAUUUCUCAUUCUGGCUCGACCCAGCACCGUUCACGGGCGCCUUCCUCUUGACCUGGACGUCAUCCGGCAUUCGAUAAGCCUUCUCGCUGGUCACAAUCGGCCCCAAUUCGAAACCUCCAGGCUCUUUGGCCAGAAGCUCUCGCAACGUCUCUUCGAAUACAGCUUCUUCGGAUAUAGCCACGGUGUUCUUCGCUCGUCUCCGUGUUCCAGAUGCCAAUUUCUGUCUGGAAGCCUCCAGCUCCAGUGGAUGGGACCCAUCCAGCUUGACUGCGCCAGCCAAUUUUCGCAGCGCCUGCUCGCCAAGUUUGCCUUCUUGCGUCGCCAAUUCUCUGAUCUUUCUAGUGUCAGCUUCGCGGUGCGGGAAUACCGGGGUAUCCCUGUAGGUGUGCGCAGAAGGGAGCUCGGGUAGCCCUUUGGUAUUGAAAGCGAAUUUCUUGAUCUCACCGUGUCCGUCAAGUUCGGGGCCGAGGAAGGAGGCGGGAAGCUCGAGUACAUGGUGGAAGGAGUCUUCGGGAGGAGGAGUGGGAUACAAGGGAGGAUUGAUGGGCGGCUGAGAUGUGUAGGGCUUGAGUUGGUCAUCUGGUCGAGGGAUGUCGAGUGCCUCGAUCGCACUCUCAAAAUCGGUGGCUACUGGGACUGUUCGCCGAGCAGCCAGCAUUGACCGGCGGACGAUGGAGAGAAACUUGAGCACGACUGUGAAUUGGUCAGCGCUGGUACAAUGCACUGCAGUUAGAGGUGUAUGUACAUUCUUGCAUUGUCGCGGUCAAGGAUUCCAAGGCUACCGACUCGAUGUAAGGGUUUGUUAUAUUCUGCUUCAGCGCCUCUGCCUCGCAUAUUGUCUUGACACAAUCUACUAGCAAUUUGUCGACCACCUCUUGUUCGAUGAGCGCCGGCUCUUUCGAAGGGAUACUCUGAGCCUUGUGUCGCAUGACAUGGUGAUGAUGGUAGGGUUGUUUGCGCUUCGGCGAGGUCGUAAACAUCUGUCCACAGGACGGUGAAAAGAAGGACUAGUGUGAUAGACGAGUAUACACAGGCCUUGGACGUCAG